AGAAGCCAGUGUGCAGUAAGAGGUAACCUGACUAGGGGUAGAGGCGCUCCCCCGGUUCUGUGGCUCACGCUUUGGUACUGGGGACCGAGACUGUUCUGGCGACGGCGACCUCUGCGGCGACGGCUGAGAUUCUCGAAAGAGUAGAGGAGGACGGUCCGGAGGAGGGGCUUCUAGUUAACGCAGGUUCUGUCAUGAUGAAUGGAUCCAGUGUGGCAAAUACAUCACCCAGUGUAAAAUCCAAAGAGGACCAGGUGUUAAAUGGGCAUGAUGAGAAGGAAAACCCAUUCGCAGAGUACAUGUGGAUGGAGAAUGAAGAGGAUUUCAACAGACAGGUGGAGGAGGAGCUGCAGGAGCAAGAGUUCUUGGACCGCUGCUUUCAGGAGAUGUUGGACGAGGAAGACCAAGACUGGUUUAUUCCAUCCCGAGACCUGCCUCAGGCCAUGGGGCAGUUGCAGCAACAGUUAAAUGGACUGUCCGUCAGUGAUGGUCAUGAUUCUGAAGAUAUUUUGAGCAAAAGUAACCUGAAUCCGGAUGCCAAGGAAUUCAUACCAGGAGUGAAGUACUGAGCUGACAGAAAGCUUUGAGGAGGACUUGUGUGUCCCCACAUCCGGGGACAGCGCUGCACAAACAGGCGGAGCUGAAGAGGGGGGUGGGAUGGGCAGGGGGUGUGCAGCGGGGAAGGGAACAGUGGUUCAACUCGACACUGUGACUAGAGUAACUGAUGUGCUCAGUCUUUCUCUACAAGCCUCUGAGUAUUUCUCUUUUGUUCUACUGACUUUCAUUUGAAGCAAUUUCCUAUUAUUUUUAUUAGCUUUCGAUUUAGGGAAAUUGCAGUCUUUCCCCAUGCCCUCAUCAAGAAUGUUCUGCUGUGUGUGUUUAAAAGAAUAAGCUGACCAAGAAAAUCUGGGUGUUUACAAAUGCCCUACCCACCCUGCUGUCUACUUACCAAGGGCAAUGAACACCUGGAGCACUACAUAUUCAGUCUGUUGCGCUGGAUGGGAAGAGGGACAGUUGGAAGAAGCAGGUUUUGUAAACCAGAGUACACAGCUCCCCGACCCCUGGGGGUUUCCUGCAAUGUGCUGGGAUUACCACUGGCCUGCUGAGCCCGUGUCUCCUUGCCUGAACCCCAUUCAAGAAAACACAGGCUUAAAAGUAGUGGUUUACCAGUACUUUAGAUGGUUGAUAAACGGACUUUCAUCAACCAUCUUUUGAUGGUUAAUGAAAGUACAGAGGGAGAGGACUGGGAUGGUGAUGUCACUUGAGUCAUUGAUUUACUGUUGACCUACUCUUAAGCCUCUGUUUAUGGCUACCAUCAGACUCAUUAUUUACAAGGCAUAAGAGUUCUAGGGUGGAUUUGCCACCUCGUCUCUCAUGGUGUCUAAUCCCCUGUCUCCCUUCUGCCCCAAACUCUAUUCUGUUUUUAAGAAGAGACUGUUACCAAAGGUGUGUGAGAGGCAUGUGGUGCUGGCCAUCAGCUUCAGUCUGGAGAGAUCAUCCUUGAAUCCUGAUAGUUAUCAUCUUAAAUUUAUUUUGACAGUUUUUUCCUAGCCCUGUGAAGACUUGGUCCACCUGUAUCUUCCUUUCCUUAGAAAGGUUUGUGUACUUUUAUAAGUCCAUGUAUUUUUCAGAAUGCUAGCAAGAAGCUCAAUUCACAGUUUGAUGCUUCUCCCCACCUUACAGAAUUAUGCAAAAGAACUCCAGAAAAGCCUAGGAGAGUGAGUCCCGCUUGACCCUGUGACUGUGUGACACACCGGGACAGUUUCAGCCGUUAUAAAGUGUUGCUGUUCCCACACACCCAGCUUUUUGAGUUUUCUGGGUUGAACUUUCUGGGUAUAUUCUUUUCCUGCCCACAGGUCACAGGUGUUUUGGUUAUUGUUGUUGUUGAUACUCAUAAGGAACUAAACUGGGCACCAGGAUAUGCCUUUGUGUGCUGGAGAGGUUGGUGGCAGAGUCAGGUCUUAAAAAGGGCGUGUCUGGUCCUGGCCAUUCUCCCAGGAUGGGCAAGGACUGGCAGGGGCCUGAGGAGAACAGUGGCCCAUCUGUAUGACCGCCACUGUCUUGUAUGACAAGCCUGUCAGGAAAAGAUCAUGGAACUUGAAUAAAGUCUGUAAAUUCAGUAUGUGUUUAUGGGACAGAGGUUGGAAGGAAAGGACUAGGGUCUGGAAAACUUAAGAAUUUCUCCUUUCUCUUAUGAGGUCCCAUGCUGACUUUUCUAACAGCCACAGGUUAAUGUCAGAUUGAAAAUAUGAACCCAUAUUUCCAGAUGGGCUCCUGAAUUCGCAAAGCCUCUACCUUGACAGAAUGGAACUCUUUUAACUUGUGUUCAGGGAGGGCUACAAAUAAAGAAAACGUCUUAAUUCCAGCUUCAGCUUUCAGCUGGAAUGGUUGCCUCUGGUAAAGUGAGGGCCUUGGAAGUAUAGAAACAAAGGUCUCUUUCUUCCAGGACUGCUGUUCCUCCUUCAACCUGCAUUAACUUGUCCAAGCUCAGAAUUCUAAAGGCUGCUCAAAGUGUGUUGGGAUUGCAGCAGGAGCCGUUUUCUAGACCAUGGUGUCUCCAUCACAGAGAGGACUGCGGAUUCUUUCUUAUGUGGCUCCUGGUCUGGGAAGUCCUUUAGGGAUCUGCAUCAAGGGUCCUCAUCCUGACGAAGGCGUGCCCUUCUGACACCUAGGCUAAGCUGUUAGGUGUGGUCCAAGUGGCUUGCUUCCCCUUCUGCUGUGGGUUUCAUCUUGGAUGUCAGCAUGGUUUCACAAGGCACAUUUGGUCAGGACUAAGGAAGCUUCCUGCCAGAUAAGCAAUGGAACCCGAGGACUGGCCUUUCCAGUCCUGUUGAGACACAGUGUGCUGACCCCGGGAUCAGGAAGCAGCUAGCAGUGUGGCCGCCUUUUUAAUGUGCAUGUUUGUGCUUCUAGUGGUUCCUCUUGCGUUCUGACUUUCUCCGUCUCUUGUGUUGCGAGGUGGGGGCGCAGCCGUCACCCAGACCGCGGGUGCAGCUGUCGCCAGUUUGCCGCCUCCUUAGCCGGAAAUGCAUGUGGCUCUUCCUGGGCCUUCAGCGAAGAAAGGCUGGACUCAGACGUUUCCUCAUAGGAGAGAUUACGGAUGCGAGCCAGACUAGAUACCGUUACCUUUUCAGGAUGAGGCUGGUAUUAUUGUAAGUGAUGAUUUUGAUGUUGAAUUUAAGCCACUACUUUUUUUUUUUUUUUUGGCAACUGGAAGUUUAAGUAUAGAAACAGAACAUGUAUUUUUAACAAUUGCCAAUUCUGACUGGUCCCAGUCUUAUUUUAUUAGUGAUUGAUUUCAUGGUUAUUGGACUCUUAAACUCCAAAACGAAAAGUAUUUUAUCUCUUGCUCAUCAAGGAGAAAAAAACAAAAGAAAUGCCUUUUAGUUUCUCUAGCCCUUUGAACUGCAACAGAGAAUUUGAUGGACAUAGCCUAGGCCUGAGCAGCUGCGGCUUUGGGUCUUUGGGCCAGUUUCUGACUGCAGCAGUUGAUUUUAGGGUAUUACAUAAGGUCAAACCCCAAAAAAUUGUAAGGAAAAGGCUGGACCUUUGCAGCACCUUUAGUUUCCAAAGUCAAAACAGCUUGGGUCUCUUUUAUUAAAGUUACAAUGCUAAUUAUGACUUUAAAGUGUUUUUAGAGGUAACCAGCAUUUUUCAAAUUGUGUAUUACUAUAUGGCAAAGUUCUGUCUUGCGUUGGGAGAUGCUGGGAGGUAAGGUCAGUCAAACACUUUGACCUCAGAGUGUAAAUUCAUGUAUGUCAGGGAGGAAAGUUGUGUGAAGAAGUAGCCAAAGGAAACUGCAUUAGUGCUGCUGCAAGGCCAGUAUGUAAACACCAGGAGCCCAGGACUCUACACUGCUGAGAUGGGAGGGGGCACGUGUUCUUCACUAAGGGUCCUGGCAUCACGUUUAAUGGUGGUGUUUGAUUUGGAUUAUGUUGAUGUAUGAGCUCAGCCAGAGACCUGACAGUUUUGACCAAGAUUUGGAGAGCAUUUGGGAAAGACUGUAUAUCCCUGGCCGCUCUCUUCCGGGGUAGAUGUAGAGCUCAUGAGUUUGGGAAGUGGGCGGAGAGCAGGAGGACUGACUGAGAUCUGGUGAGCGUCAGGAAUGUUGGUUUCCCCUCCCUUUGCCCACAGUCACCCGUGUGAACCACGUGAACCGUUUCCCCUCUCAUUGCCCACACAGAUUGUUAGCUCUCCUGGUCCCUGUGUGGCACACAGUGUACUUUCUGCAGCCACUGCCCUGCUGCCUUGCAAAUUUCAUCCACAGGCUUGGUUAGUCACAAUUUAGUAAGGUUUUUUCCCCUCGUUUUUAAUCUUCUAUUUCUCCCAUCUUGAAGCUGCCAUUAGUGACAAAGGAUGGGGGAAUUGGAGGCUGACCCAGGGACACAUUCAGGCUUCCGACACGGCCUCUGUACAUGGCUCACUACAUCCUGAGUUCACACUACUUGUGUGUACGUGCUAAGUCACCUCAGUUGUGUCCGACUCUUUGCAGUCCUAUGGACGCCCACCAGGCUCCUCUGUCUGUGGGAUUUACCAGGCAAGAAUACUAGAGCGGGUUGCCAUUUCCUCCUCCAGGGGAUCUUCCCAGCCUAGAGUCGGACCCAAGUCUCUUUACCACACUAGCUCCACCUGGUCUCACUGCCCAAUCCUCCAUAGCUAUCCACAGUCCAGAUUUUGCCGGGGGAGGUGGGGUGUCAUACACUGGGACAGCUAACUACACUGAUCUCGACAGGGUGUUACAGGUUCAUCACCACACCCCCAGGGGACAGAAGAGAACUCUACAAAGGAACAGAUGCACCAUCUUCAAAGAAAAAGGCCCUUUAUGUUUUGUUAUCAGGAGUCUCAUUUGUGAGGUCUGCUGAGCUUUCUUUCCCAGUCCUACCUUACUGGUUCCCUUUUAAUAUUGUAAAUGGUAAUGAAAAUGUUUUCACUCUGUAACUCAACACUAAUUGAGAAUCCUCUCUUGUUGAUUGUGGGCCUUCGGAAAUGUUUAAUACUUGAUGGGUGGUUUGCAAGACAGGGACUUUUUUUUUUAACACCUUUAUUGAAGCAUGUUAUCAUAAAGUUCGUCUAUUUCAAGUGUACAAGUCAGUGAUUUUAAUAACUUUCCUGAGUGGCACAGACAUACAAUUCUGUUUUAGAACCUUUGCAUCCCCCUUAAUAAGAUCCUUCAUGUCUAUUUACAUGGUACCCGUGGUAUUUGCCUAGCUCUAGGCAACGACUAAUCUAUUACUAUAAAUUUGCCUUUUCUGGACAUAAUCUCAAUGGAAUCAUACAAUCUGGUCUCUUGUAUCUGGCUUUCUUCAUUUAGUGUAUUUUUGAGGUUAAUCCAUGACAUAUAAUUUAUGUUACUGGUUUGUUCUUUACUGCUAAAUAAUAUUCCAUUGAUGGAUAUACCACAUUUUGUCAGCAGGGAGUCUUACUAAACUUGGAUUUCAACCUCUUGGGGUCUACAUGGAACCCUGAGAACAUAGGACUCAUGGGGGAGCUGCUGUGCAUGUCAAAGGAACUGCUUGUCAGAACCAGCUCCAUCAUCAGCAGCUCCAUGAGGAGCCUGAACUGCUGCAGAAAUUUUUACAAUUUUGCAUCUUAUUUUUUGUAUGAAAAUUUCAUGCUGUCUAUGUCAGCAUAGAUAAUUAACAGCAUCUGAUAAUUAACAAGUUAAUGAGCAUGUGUUUGAGCAGGAAGAAAUGGAACCAUCAAUACUGCGUUGGAUAUUUUUUUCUCCUCAGCUAGACAGAGGAAUCGCUGAACUUUCUAAACAAUGUUAUUUCCAUUACAAAGCUGAACAUGUGUUAAGAUCAUGCCGCCUUUGUUGGAUCGAUUUAGAAGAGGACAGCCAGCAGAGGAGGCCAAGAGGAGAAAGGGAGUGAACUCUGUGGUGCAUCCCAGCGGGUCUGUGCACGGCCCACACACCUGCUGGAGUGGGCGGUGAAGUGCUGACGGUGCCAGGGCAGCUCAGCACCUCCAGCAGGCCCAGGCCUGGACUUUGGACCUUUUCCCCUAUUUCUCAGGUGUUUAAAAGCUGUUUUUGUUCCUUUUUUUCCUAUGUAUACAUUACAUGGUAGUUGUUAAUACUUCUUUGUGGGAGGGGCAGAGCUUUAAAAUUGAAGAAAAUAAUUUUCAUAAAAAUAUCAAAAAUGGAAAAAAGUUACUUUUUAAAGAAUUUGCUAUACAAACAAAGUGGCAGCUGUUGAAAAUCUCUCUCAUUAAAAUGAGAAUAAAAUGCAUUUGCUGGCA